AUGGCUGCUUGGUUGCAAGUGGUGUGCGUUGAUCCGGUGAGUCCUUUGAGCUGCCAUCCAAGUGUCAGUUUGGUGUUCAACACAUCAGAUUUUCCGCUGAAUGAUGAAAGUUGCCUUCUGAGUGGAGAACGACUACAAUUUGUUGCACCAUGGCGUGAGUUGGACCCUUCGGUGCUUUCCAAAAACGGACUGCAUUCUGUGCAUUCUGUUCAGUUCACUACCCCUGUGAGCCGGGAAGUUGCUCAUACUCCAAAAGCGAACAGACAUUUCAAGUCUGUUGUGUGUGGCACAGCGGCGAUGCUGUUGACAUGGCUUGGAAGCCAACGCCGCAAACCUGCUCGAUGCCAACCUAUUGAGUCGACUUUGAGAGCUGCACAGGACAAGGGUGCUGCAUCGAACACGCCUCCACCUCCACCUCCACCUGGUCCACCACCUGUCCCACAGGCAAAGGCAAAGAGCAGUUCGAACCCUUCUCCAGCUACAAAACCGCCGCCGCCGCCACCACCAGAUGUAGAGGCAGAGAAGGAUGUGCCAAACAGCGAUAGCCCUGCCCCAGCAUCAAAGGCGUCAAAGGCAGCAGCAGAGGCUUCAAAGACGAGUGUGGUGGAAACCACCGCUUCCACGCCUGUGCAGAAGGCAGAGAAGGACGUGCCAAAGAGCGAUAGCCCUGCCCCAGCAUCAAAGGCGUCAAAGACAGCAGCAGAGGCUUCAAAGACGACUGUGGUGGAAACCACUGCUUCCACGCCUGUGCAGAAGGCAGAGAAGGAUGUGCCAAAGAGCGAUAGCCCUGCCCCAGCAUCAAAGGCGUCAAAGGCAGCAGCAGAGGCUUCAAAGAGGAGUGUGGUGGAAACCACUGCUUCCACGCCUGUGCAGAAGGCAGAGAAGGAUGUGCCAAAGAGCGAUAGCCCUGCCCCAGCAUCAAAGGCAUCAAAGGCAGCAGCAGAGGCUUCAAAGACGACUGUGGUGGAAACCACUGCUUCCACGCCUGUGCAGAAGGCAGAGAAGGACGUGCCAAAGAGCGAUAGCCCUGCCCCAGCAUCAAAUGUGUCAAAGGCACUGGAGGCUCAUAUUGCCUUCCUUGAGAAAGAACUCAACCAGUCAAAUUCUUCGAAUGAAAUUCUGAAAAGGCAAGUGGAAGAACUGGAGAGCUACAAGGAAAGGAAUGAGCAAGCGACCAAAGCGGCAGCUGAAAACGAAAAGAAACAGUUCCGGCGACCUGGUGGGCCAGAUCAGAAGAGUCUUGCGGACGCGCAGAAAGUGGCCCAAUUGAUUGGAACAGCAAAACUGGAGGAGGAUUCUGCGCAGAUCAAAAAGCUCAAAGAAAGCCUUGAGAAAGCGCAGGACAACUGUGCAGCAAAGGAGUCGGAAUUAUCCCUGUUGCAAGCGGACAAGGAAAAGGACUCUGCGCAGAUCCAAGAGCUCAAAGAGAGCCUUCGGGCAGCUCAGGAAAAGUGCGCAGCAAAGGAGUCUGACGUCUUCCAGAUGCAGUUGGAGAAGGAACAGGCCUUGACAAGAGCAAAAAGCCUGGAGGAGUCUCUGAAGAAGGUGCAAGACGACUCUGAGGACACCAGACAGUUGAAGGAAGUCCUGAAAAAGACUGAGGAAAUCACCGCUCCAUUUGUCGAUGAUGGUGAGGACCCUUCCCUCUUACGCGAAAAGGCAGAGGGAAGCCAGCGACGGGCAGCAGCUCUUGAGAGAGACAAUCAGGAGCUACAGGCACAGCUGGCGCAAACUUCGAAAGAACUCGCCGAACUUUCCGAAGUCCAGGAGACUUUGAUUGCGGCGGAAAAGCGGGCCGAAUCACUGUCGAGCGGUCUUCGCCAGAUUUCCGAGCAGAUCGGCGCGACUGGUGGUGGUUUUCUGGCCCUGUUCCAGCAGCCCUCCGAAGAUGAGUUGAUUCGAGACAUCCAAGCAGAGAUCCAAAAAUUGAAGUCCUGAUUUGCCGUGGCCAUACAGAGGUGGUCAGGUGGUCAGGUGGUCAGGACUUACCAGUAGGUAGGUUCAUAUCAUUUUUCCCCCAUUAUCUAUUUGUAGGUUGAGGAGGAUAGACAAAGGACUCCAUUGGAAACUCUCGAGUCUGUG